AUGGCUGUCAUGGGGAACACCCAACCCCCACCCCAUCGUGUGAAUGGUAAGUGGAUUAUCGACACCGGAUGUUCUCAUCAUGUCACCGGAAAUCUUUCAUGCUUGACCGAUGUGCGUGAAGUGUCUCCUUGUAAUGUGGGCCUUCCGGAUGGACAGAAUGUUAUUGCCAUGAAGGAGGGAGUUGUCAAACUCACUGACAAAAUCACUCUUUCUAAUGGAUGGUAUUUAUAUGACUUGGAUAAAAAGAAGUUCUUUGUCUCAAGGGAUGUUCGUUUCUUUGAGGAUGUGCAUCCAUACUUGGAUGCCGACGGUACAAAUAUUGAUGUUUCAACACCUAACAUGGAUGCUAGUGUUGACUCGGGAGGGGACUUGGAUGCUACAUACAUACUCGAUGAAGACCAAGCCACCCUCGACGACCAAAGGCGGCAGCAGCCGCCUGUGGUUACGGUGCCGCCACAGCCGGCUGUGGCUGUUCCAACCCCCAAAGCUACGGUCCAAGAGGAUCCGAUAGCAACAACCACGACCCUUGAUGACAUGGGGCGUGGUCAUCGACAAAAAUUUGUGUCGACUAAACUCAAAGGAUUUGUGACUCAUGCUCAGGUUACCCGAAAUAGUCCAUCUUCUUCACCUGCUCCAGUUGCUCCACCUCCCUCAGGUAUGCCGUAUCCUAUAGCACAUUAUGUUAGUUGUGAUAAGUUUUCUGCGAAACAUCAAAAUUUUGUUGCAGCUAUAACAGCAGGUAAAGAGCCUCGUUCCUUCAAAGAGGCAAUGUGUGAUGAAGAUUGGAAGCAAGCAAUGAGGGAAGAAAUGAAUGUUCUUGAAAGCAAUGGCACGUGGACUUUGGAAAAUUUGCCUCCCGGGAAGAAGGCCCUUGGUAGUCAAUGGUUGUACAAAAUUAGCAUUGAGCGUUUAAAAGCUCGAUUGGUUGUCUUUGGUAAUCAUCAAAACGAAGGUAUUGAUUAUGAUGAAACAUUUGCUCUCGUGGUCAAGAUGACGACUGUUCGUGCUUUCCUAGCUAUAGCUGCUUCGAAAAAUUGGGAACUACAUCAAAUGGAUGUGCAUAAUGCUUUCCUUCAUGGUGAUUUGACUGAGGAAUUUUAUAUGAAACUCCCACCAGGUUUUACUACAGAUGAACCGGGUCUUGUUUGUCGCCUUCGCAAGUCUCUAUAUGGUCUCAAACAAGCUCCGCGGUGUUGGUUUGCCAAGCUCACUACCGCUUUGAAAAAAUAUGGUUUUGUACAAUCAUACCCGGAUUACUCUCUCUUUACAUAUACCAAAGGGUUUAUUCAACUCAACGUUCUUGUUUAUGUUGAUGAUUUAAUUGUGUCCGGCAAUAAUUCAAAUGCUAUAAAAUUGUUCAAGCAUUAUUUGAGCACUUGUUUUCACAUGAAGGAUUUGGGUGUACUAAAAUAUUUUCUUGGCAUUGAAGUGGCUAGGAGUAGUAAAGGGCUAUUUUUAUGUCAACGCAAGUAUGCCCUUGACAUCAUAUCAGAGACGGGUCUUCUUGGGGCCAAGCCUGCUCACACGCCAAUGGAGCAAAAUCAUAGAUUGGCGCAUGCUAAAGGGCCUCUACUGACAGAUCUGGGUGCCUAUCGACGCCUUGUUGGGCGCUUGGUUUAUUUGGGUGUCACUCGACCCGACUUGACUUAUUCGGUCCAUGUAUUAUCUCAAUUCAUGAAGGCUCCUCAACAAGAGCAUUGGGAUGCCGCUUUAAGGGUGGUUCGAUAUCUUAAGUGUACUCCAAGUCAAGGCUUACUUCUAAGCUUGGGGAUCCAACAUUCCCGAGCAGUCCCUAUUUAUUGUGACAGUCAAGCAACAAUACACAUUGCUCAAAAUCCCGUGUUCCACGAACGCACAAAACAUAUUGAAGUGGAUUGCCACUUUGUUAGAGAUGCCGUGCAAGAAGGACUUAUUGCUACUACUCAUGUUCGCACCAAUGAACAAUUGGCUGACAUAUUUACGAAAGCCUUGGCUCGUCCUCAAUUUGACUACCUUCUUAGCAAGUUGGGCACAUUCGAUCCUAGUGCUCCAACUUGA